UUACAAUGGUGCAUCAAGUGGAGCAAGCAUGUAAAGAUACAAUACGCCUGUAAAACAGCUAAAUUUUAGUAGAGAAAGCUCAAAUUGGUAUCUAACCUAUGGAACAAAAGAAAAAACAAAUGGAGGUAAGAAUGAAAAUAUUGAAUGGUAUCCAUCAGCAAACCUGUGCAAAAGUUGUAAAAAAUGUGAAAACAAGAAUCAGCUUGAUGUUCUCAUGUUCAAAAUUGUGCCUCUUCAUGCUCAGAACAAGCUUUAGCUUCUAAGCUGAGUACGAGCGCUCGACAUUGACAAAUGUGCAUUGAUGAUACUUGUACUUCCAUACGUUUAAUGUCCCCCCCCCCCCCCCAUUCAUGUGAUAUUGUUCAGCAAUGCUAACUUGCAUAACACUAAUCGUGGGCCACUUUUAAAGGCUCGGUUAACUCUGACUGUGGAAAGAGCAUCAUUGCCAGGUCGCACUGCCAUGCAAUAAAGAAUUUGCGAAUACACGAGAUGCACGCGCUAGAUCGAGUCCCAUCAAUACAUAAGAUAUAUUCAGUUGGAGCCAGAUCUAGAAAUGCAUAUCCCCAUUUUCGCUCCUCAUGCAAAAGUCCACAUUAAAGAAAAAUGAAGGCUGCCCGAAAUUUAUAUUCAUGACACCAGCGCGACAUGUUUUCACAUAUACAACUUUUAAGCCGUUCCCUAGAUUCCCCUCCCCGAUAGAAGUAUCUAAAAAGGUGCAGCAACUUUUGAAACAAACGAUGCGUGUAGGAAGCAGAAUUCGAAAGGCCGGUUUGAUAAAGCUUCUCUAUCGGUGUACUACAUAUAAGAAAACGCGGUUGGCAAAGCUUAUGCCCGGUACUCUUCUUAGCUAACGAAACGAGCACUUUCACUGCUUUUAUGCCUAGCACCACUGCGGCACAUCACGCGUAUCAUGAUUUGCAUCUCGUGAACACAUUUCGUAACAGCAAGCACACGGACGCUCGGAUGGAUCGGACGUGGUGCAGUCACAACGCUCAUCGCAGCCGGAAAAACAACUCACGCGCAGUUGCACAUGACGAAUGACGGCGAUAGCAAGACAAUACAAGUUGUCAGUAUUGAUGGUAUCAUCACUUCUGAAACUGGUAGAGGACAGGCGUUCACCAAUAACAGACAAGUACACACUUCUCUACGAUGAACCGCACACACAGAACACAUAAAAUUCGCGUGCGACGACCGCACAUUUUUCAUUUCGGCGCGUAUUUACAAUCUAUCGUGCCUAGAAUGCACGUGUAUGUGAUGGACUUCUCGCUUGCAACGACACACGAAGCACGGCACAAAAAGAACAUGAGGUCGACGGCUUCACAUUGUGCUUCCGACACCCGCGUAACGCAACACACUUCCUGCACUCCGCCUGUUUCCGUCGGCGAUUGCACGCACUACUAUUGCUAUUCUCAUUCCGAUGGAACUGCUAUGGAACAAUCUUGGCAGAAGAUGCUGCGCACAUCAACAACGAACGCAAACAUCGGCCGGAUUCACUUUGAACUUGACUUGUGCUCACUAAAUAGUCAAUCCAGUUCGGUGCAGCGGUGGCGUCAAAAAAAAAAAAAAAAAAAAAAAGAAAAGGCCCAAGCGUUAUUUUCUCCCCAGAGCACGUUUGCUUGAAAAUGUGAGCGUGAGCAGUAUAGUUUGCCAUAAUAUUUUCCAGAAACCGCCACGCCACCUAGACUGAACCACGCCUGUCGCUCCGCACGUGACCAUCAUGUCUGCCCGCGCACUUUUCUCAUCGCGAGGGACGUUGAAAUUCCGUGCAUUUUAUUGUUCUCUGCGUCUUGGAAAACGAGCGCACUUCACUUUUAAAUUUAAAGAUUAAUGUAGCGAUAGAAAUAUAACGUAAAUAAUUCUAUCAGCAAUAAUGUUUUUUAUUGGUUACGGAAGCAUUUUAGCUAUAUUUCAAAGGAUAACUUGCAUCAUCUGGAGAGUUUGUUUUGCGGGUACCAGAUCGCUCAUCGUCCCUCGGCAGCCGCAAGGCCUAUAAGGGCCAAUAGCAUUGCUGUGAUGAAUUAUGGACUACACGCUAGUGCAGUCGAGAACCCUGGAAUCGGUGUGGGUGAUCGCUGUGCGAGGAUGUAUCCCCUGCCCAUUUCUGAGCAAUGCGUGUGCACUAGUAUGUACCGAUGCGGCUUCACUGAAGGUUUAUGGUGAUGACUGGUCGAUUGCUAUAGAUCGGGCUGCGCCGGGUCGGUUUGUACGGUGUCAUUCCCUAUGGAGUCCUCUCAAACGUAUUCCGACGAUGUCUUCGUCAAGUUUUAUUGAAAGUGCUAAAGACAACGUGUUUCUCCAGGCAACGUGAAAGUGCCGCCACAACUUGGCGCUCAUCUGCGCAUUAUUCAUUUUCAAUACACCCGCGCUCUACGUCAUGUGAAGUAAAGUCCAGUGAACCUACGCGCAUUUUCAGUUUCUGUUUGUUCCAUAUCUCUUCCCUUUCUCGCUCAACCGUCAGCGAUAGAGUUACUGUAUAUGCUACAAAAGGUAGCGAGUUGCACGUAGGUUGGUCAUCUAUCCUUUCAAGCAACCAAAGCUAUCAUAUCGCCGAUCGACAAAUCAGCCAUGGGUGCUUUUCCAAUGCUUGUGAACCGCUUUAUAGCCUAAUUGCAAGCAGAGCGCAUCAAAAACAGCUGACUAGACAACAUAGUCAAGAAAAAAACAAAAGACAAAGAAAUGCUGCUCUUCUCGGCAAGUGGCGUUAGAUGCGGCGCGAAUAUUACAAAUUGUUUUUUGGACUUAGACAGUGCACAAUUUGCGAUUCGCCUGUGCGCCAUCCCGAAACUUUUGACCUAAUAACAGGGGCGAACCGAGUAUUCUAAGUAUGCCGGCCGAAUGCACCCUUCAUUCAUCUCGACGGUAACAUUAAAUCGCACUCCCAUCAGUCUCAAGAGGUGUGUUGAUAAUGCGAUUUUAUUGAACCCAAAAACCCCACUCAUUGUUUAGAGUGAAAGCUACAUAAAAAGGAUAGUGUAACUUCAAAACAGAAUUGUUUUUUCAAAACCUGAUAAUCGGUGGUAUUGCAGGUUCCCCCGCAUGUUCCGGCGCAUCAGCACGUUCGGCGCCGAGCUGACGGACCUGUCGCUCGAGUUCUACCUGACCUGCAACAACGACGAGCUAUGCGCCAUGCUGGCGGCGUUGCCCAACCUGCGGCAUUUCCUGGUCGCCUUCGAGAACCUCUCGGACCGCGUGCUCGAGACGCUGGGGGACAAGUGCCCGCAGCUGCAGAAGCUCACGCUCUGCGAGACGCCCCAGGUCACCGACGCCGGUCUUCGUUCCCUGGUCGACGAAACGGGAACCAGAGGCUGUCGGCACCUAGUGUACAUUUCGAUAGAAGGCGCACCGGUCGGCGUCACCGUCAGAAGCGUCGUGUACCUGCUCGAGAAGCUUCCCCACCUCGAGGCCAUUCAUCUGCCCUCCCUGGACAAGGCGCUCGUGGUGCUCAACGAGAUCAAGCCUCCGGACUUCAAGCUGGCCUUGCGCGAGUUCAAGGACGUGAACGUGUUCACCGUGCAGACCUCGGUGCGACCCACCAUGCGCGAGUUCCUCGCCAAGAGCAUCGAGCUCUGUCCCCGACUGCAGGCCAUCGACAUCGAGGUCAAGACCUCGGACGACAUCUCGCCGCUGAGGCUGCUGGUCGGUCUCACCGAGCUGUCCAUCCGGACGGCGGAGUCCACCUCCGAGUGGUUCUUCUACACGCAGCUGGAACCGGUCCUCCAGGAAGCCGGCCUUCGACUGACCUCGCUUAAGCUGGCCAUGCCGGACGUCGACUUGGCCGCGGUGGACGCGGCUUGCCCGAGCAUCAAGACUCUGCAGCUGAUCGCCAUCAACAUGUGCUGGAGGCGCAACGGCGUCAAAGUGAGGGACCAGCCGUUCGGUGAGCUCGAGGCCCUGUUCCUCGACCCCGAGACCCCGCACUCCAUGAAGCCGCGAGACCUGGGCCUGCUCUUCAACGAGUCCUACGCUCUCAAGGAGCUCGUGCUCGGCUGCUGCGACAGCUUCGACGACGUGUUCGUCAUGGAGGCGUUGCAGAGGGGCCUCUUCAGGAACCUGACGCGUCUCGAGUUGCACAACCAGCGCAAGGUGGGCAUCCUGGGGGUCCAGCAACUGGUGCUGCUCGACCAAGUCCUCGAGUCGCUCACGCUCAAGGACUGCACGGCGCUGAGCACCGACGACCUCGCCUUUCUCACCGGAUCGGCGUGCGCGCUCAACUUCCAGCUCAAGGUGCAGUCGUGACGGGUUCGAAGAAGCGAGCAAGCAGUACGGUGACGUGCGACCACUCAGCCUCAAUUAAGCCGUGGCUGACUGGUGAACGCUUUCGUUUUUCACUGCACUGGCUUGUGGACUAGGGCUGUGCUCGAAGAGUGCGGUGACGGAGAGUGGAGGUAUUUUUUUUUUGCGCGCGGGAAGAACGAACGAAAGGCGGCUUGGUACGUGGGCGGGUCUGACCAGUGUUGUGGCACAAAGAGCGUGGCUCACCGUCAUCAGGUAGCCGACUUCUCGUUUCGUUUACUCGAGACAGCACUUCCUUCCCAAUAAAAUACUGCAGGAGGUCUCGAAUUGCAGCAGCUUCGGUCCAGCGGAACAACGGAGGCGCAAGACCUUUGAACGAAAGGACGAGCUAAUUGGGUUCGUGUCAAAAGAAGCCCACAAAGUCACGCAAUUGCAGCCUGACUUAUUAGUUUCCGGGCCUUGUGCUUAUCUAAGGCUGUGUCUUGGGAUGGAGUGCGGCUGUUGCCUCGCGUGGCUAUCGUAGCACCUGUAGACACACGUUGAGCAUGUUCUUUUUUUUUUGCAUUUCUUUUUUCUCUAAACGUGAAUAAAGGUG